AUGACCACGUUCGCCUACGUGCUCGCCUACGUGCUCUCCUACGUGCUCGCCUACGUGCUCUCCUACGUGCUCUCCUACGUGCUCGCUUACGUGCUCUCAUACGUGCUCGCCUACGUGCUCGCCUACGUGCUCUCCUACGUGCUCUCCUACGUGCUCUCCUACGUGCUCGCCUACGUGCUCUCCUACGUGCUCGCCUACGUGCUCGCCUACGUGCUCUCCUACGUGCUCUCCUACGUGCUCUCCUACGUGCUCUCCUACGUGCUCGCCUACGUGCUCGCCUACGUGCUCUCCUACGUGCUCUCCUACGUGCUCGCCUACGUGCUCUCCUACGUGCUCGCCUACGUGCUCGCCUACGUGCUCUCCUACGUGCUCUCCUACGUGCUCUCCUACGUGCUCGCCUACGUGCUCUCCUACGUGCUCUCCUACGUGCUCUCCUACGUGCUCGCCUACGUGCUCUCCUACGUGCUCUCCUACGUGCUCUCCUACGUGCUCUCCUACGUGCUCGCCUACGUGCUCUCCUACGUGCUCUCCUACGUGCUCGCCUACGUGCUCGCCUACGUGCUCUCCUACGUGCUCGCUUACGUGCUCUCAUACGUGCUCGCCUACGUGCUCUCCUACGUGCUCGCUUACGUGCUCUCCUACGUGCUCUCCUACGUGCUCGCUUACGUGCUCUCCUACGUGCUCUCCUACGUGCUCGCCUACGUGCUCUCCUACGUGCUCUCCUACGUGCUCUCCUACGUGCUCGCCUACGUGCUCUCCUACGUGCUCUCCUACGUGCUCUCCUACGUGCUCUCCUACGUGCUCUCCUACGUGCUCGCCUACGUGCUCUCCUACGUGCUCUCCUACGUGCUCGCCUACGUGCUCUCCUACGUGCUCUCAUACAUGCUCGCCUACGUGCUCUCCUACGUGCUCGCCUACGUGCUCUCCUACGUGCUCGCCUACGUGCUCUCCUACGUGCUCUCCUACGUGCUCUCCUACGUGCUCGCCUACGUGCUCUCCUACGUGCUCGCCUACGUGCUCGCCUACGUGCUCUCCUACGUGCUCUCCUACGUGCUCGCCUACGUGCUCUCCUACGUGCUCUCUACAUGCUCGCCUACGUGCUCUCCUACGUGCUCGCCUACGUGCUCUCCUACGUGCUCGCCUACGUGCUCUCCUACGUGCUCUCCUACGUGCUCUCCUACGUGCUCGCCUACGUGCUCUCCUACGUGCUCGCCUACGUGCUCUCCUACGUGCUCGCCUACGUGCUCUCCUACGUGCUCUCCUACGUGCUCUCCUACGUGCUCUCCUACGUGCUCUCCUACGUGCUCGCCUACGUGCUCUCCUACGUGCUCUCCUACGUGCUCGCUUACGUGCUCUCCUACGUGCUCGACUACGUGCUCGCUUACGUGCUCUCCUACGUGCUCGCCUACGUGCUCUCCUACGUGCUCUCCUACGUGCUCGCUUACGUGCUCUCCUACGUGCUCGACUACGUGCUCGCUUACGUGCUCUCCUACGUGCUCGCCUACGUGCUCGCUUACGUGCUCUCCUACGUGCUCUCCUACGUGCUCGCUUACGUGCUCUCCUACGUGCUCUCCUACGUGCUCGCUUACGUGCUCUCCUACGUGUGCUCUCCUACGUGCUCGCCUACGUGCUCUCCUACUACUGCUCUCCUACGUGCUCGACUACGUGCUCGCUACGUGCUCUCCUACGUGCUCGCCUACGUGCUCGCUACGUGCUCUCCUACGUGCUCUCCUACGUGCUCGCCUACGUGCUCUCCUACGUGCUCGCCUACGUGCUCUCCUACGUGCUCUCCUACGUGCUCUCCUACGUGCUCGCUACGUGCUCUCCUACGUGCUCUCCUACGUGCUCGCCUACGUGCUCUCCUACGUGCUCUCCUACGUGCUCUCCUACGUGCUCUCCUACGUGCUCUCCUACGUGCUCGCCUACGUGCUCUCCUACGUGCUCUCCUACGUGCUCUCCUACGUGCUCUCCUACGUGCUCUCAUACGUGCUCGCCUACGUGCUCUCCUACGUGCUCGCCUACGUGCUCUCCUACGUGCUCUCCUACGUGCUCGCCUACGUGCUCUCCUACGUGCUCUCCUACGUGCUCGCCUACGUGCUCUCCUACGUGCUCGCCUACGUGCUCUCCUACGACGUGCUCGCCUACGUGCUCUCCUACGUGCUCUCCUACGUGCUCUCCUACGUGCUCGCCUACGUGCUCCUACGUGCUCUCCUACGUGCUCGCCUACGUGCUCUCCUACGUGCUCGCCUACGUGCUCUCCUACGUGCUCUCCUACGUGCUCUCCUACGUGCUCUCCUACGUGCUCUCCUACGUGCUCGCCUACGUGCUCUCCUACGUGCUCUCCUACGUGCUCGCUUACGUGCUCUCCUACGUGCUCGCCUACGUGCUCGCUACGUGCUCUCCUACGUGCUCGCCUACGUGCUCGCUUACGUGCUCUCCUACGUGCUCUCCUACGUGCUCGCCUACGUGCUCUCCUACGUGCUCGCCUACGUGCUCGCUACGUGCUCUCUCCUACGUGCUCUCCUACGUGCUCUCCUACGUGCUCGCCUACGUGCUCUCCUACGUGCUCGCCUACGUGCUCUCCUACGUGCUCGCCUACGUGCUCUCCUACGUGCUCUCCUACGUGCUCUCCUACGUGCUCUCCUACGUGCUCUCCUACGUGCUCUCCUACGUGCUCUCCUACGUGCUCUCCUACGUGCUCUCCUACGUGCUCUCCUACGUGCUCUCCUACGUGCUCUCCUACGUGCUCCACGUGCUCUCCUACGUGCUCGCCUACGUGCUCUCCUACGUGCUCUCCUUACGUGCUCUCCUACGUGCUCUCCUACGUGCUCUCCUACGUGCUCUCCUACGUGCUCGCCUACGUGCUCUCCUACGUGCUCUCCUACGUGCUCUCCUACGUGCUCCCUCUGCUCUCCUACGUGCUCUCCUACGUGCUCUCCUACGUGCUCUCCUACGUGCUCUCCUACGUGCUCGCCUACGUGCUCUCCUACGUGCUCUCCUACGUGCUGCUCCUACGUGCUCUCCUACGUGCUCUCCUACGUGCUCUCCUACGUGCUCUCCUACGUGCUCCUACCUACGUGCUCUCCUACGUGCUCUCCUACGUGCUUCCUACGUGCUCUCCUACGUGCUCUCCUACGUGCUCGCCUACGUGCUCUCCUACGUGCUCGCCUACGUGCUCGCCUACGUGCUCUCCUACGUGCUCUCCUACGUGCUCUCUACGUGCUCUCCUACGUGCUCUCCUACGUGCUCUCCUACGUGCUCUCCUACGUGCUCUCCUACGUGCUCUCCUACGUGCUCUCCUACGUGCUCUCCUACGUGCUCUCCUACGUGCUCUCCUACGUGCUCUCCUACGUGCUCUCCUACGUGCUCUCCUACGUGCUCUCCUACGUGCUCUCCUACGUGCUCUCCUACGUGCUCUCCUACGUGCUCUCCUACGUGCUCUCCUACGUGCUCUCCUACGUGCUCUCCUACGUGCUCUCCUACGUGCUCUCCUACGUGCUCUCCUACGUGCUCUCCUACGUGCUCUCCUACGUGCUCUCCUACGUGCUCUCCUACGUGCUCUCCUACGUGCUCUCCUACGUGCUCUCCUACGUGCUCCCUACGUGCUCUGCUACGGCCUACGUGCUGCUACGUCUCUCCUACGUGCUCUCCUCUACGUGCUCUCCUACGUGCUCUCCUACGUGCUCGCUUACGUGCUCUCCUACGUGCUCGCCUACGUGCUCGCCUACGUGCUCUCCUACGUGCUCGCCUACGUGCUCUCCUACGUGCUCGCCUACGUGCUCUCCUACGUGCUCACAGAGGAUUUGGAAUCCCGAGAGAAGUACGUACAGAAAAAAGCAGCAAGCGCCCCACGAUCACACACACCCAUCUCUGUUGAUGGUGAAGGAGCUGAGGAGGUUCAAAGGCGACCAUGGCUCUGUUCCUGAUGCAGAUCUGUUCAUGUUGAAGCUGGUGGAGGUCCCCAGUUACGAGGAUCGCCUGAACAGCCUGGUGCUGAAGGAGGAGUUCUUCCCGAUCAUGGAUGAACUCAAAGCUUUUUUCGGCACUUUGGUGACGGCGGGAAAAGAGCUGCUGGAGUCCGAGCAGCUCCACUCCGUGAUCCGCCUAGUGCUGAAGACGGGGAACUACAUGAACGCGGGCGGUUAUGCCGGGAGUGCGGUGGGAUUCCGAAUGACGUCGCUGCUGAAGCUAGUGGACACCAAAGCCAACAAACCAGGCAUGAACCUCAUGCAUUACGUUGUCAUGCAGGCACAGAAGGUCGACCCAGCUCUGCUCACGUUCCCAGAGCAGCUGCAGCACAUCCAGGAGGCAGCCAGGUACCGCACCAUGCUCUUCCUCUACACCAUGCUCUUCCUCUACACCAUGCUCUUCCUCUUCACCAUUGUCUUCCUCCUCACCAUGCUCUUCCUCUUCACCAUGCUCUUACUCUACACCAUGCUCUUCCUCUACACCAUGCUCUUCCUCUAUACCAUGGUCUUCCUCUACACCAUGGGCUUACUCUUCAUCAUGGCCUUCCUCUACACCAUGCUCUUCCUCUUCACCAGGCUCUUCCUCUACACCAUGCUCUUCCUCUACACCAUGCUCUUCCUCUAUACCAUGGUCUUCCUCUACACCAUGGGCUUACUCUUCACCAUGGCCUUCCUCUACACCAUGCUCUUCCUCUUCACCAUGCUCUUCCUCUACACCAUGGUCUUCCUCUAG